CCGGAAAUCAACGGAACCCCGUUUCUAGUCUGAUCGCGAGAUUUAGCCGGGUGUGUGUACCAGCCGAAUGAGUACCUAUUCAGUAGUGCUUAUACAUAUCCCUACAUGCUCAACAUGGAUGAAGAUGCGUUGGAGUUAAAGUGUCAUAUUUUGGACUUGCCCUGGGAGGAUGUAUUAGUUCCACACAUUUUAUGCCAUUUACCAUUGCGACACAUUGCAAGCCUCCAAAGAGUGAGCAAGCAGUUCCAAGCUCUCAUUCAGGUGUACCUUGCCAACUGCCGGAAUUUCGAUCUGUCACAGAUUGGCACAUGCAUUCCCAAGGAGGCGUUUUGUAGCAUGUUGAGGGACAACACAGUUCUCCAGAACCUGUCACUUCAUAACUGUGCAGAGUGGGUGACGGACAAAGAGCUGCUGCCAGUCAUCGGCCAAAACCAGCACCUGCUAAGAGUGGACAUGAGGGGCUGCGUGCGGCUCACCCGCCAUUCCCUGGUGGCGGUGUCCCUGAGUUGUGUGCAGCUCCAGCACCUGGUUCUGGCGCACUGCGAGUGGGUGGACAGCCUGUCCCUACGCAGCCUGGCCGACCACUGCGGGGGGCUCCAGUCCAUCGACCUCACCGCCUGUCGCCAGCUCAAGGACGAGGCCAUCUGCUACCUCGCCAAGAAGUGUCUGCGGCUGAGGUCUCUGUCGGUGGCCGUCAACGCCAACAUCACCGACGAGUCUGUGGAGGAAGUCGCCAAGCACUGCAGGAGUCUGGAACAGCUGGACCUGACGGGCUGCCUGCGGGUGGGAAACCAGUCCAUCAGGACCGUGGCGGAGUACUGUCCAAAGCUGCAGUCCCUCAAGGUGAACCACUGCCACAACGUGACCGAGUCCACUCUGAACCCGCUGCGCAAGAGGAACGUGGAGAUCGACGUGGAGCCUCCUCUGCAGCGGGCCCUGGUGCUGCUGCAGGACGUGGUGGGCUUCACCCCGUUCAUCAACCUGCAGAUAUAGUCCGUAAGAGAGCCACGUGUAAAGGCUUGGGCCCAAUCCCAUUUCUACCCCUUACCCCUUCCCCUUCCCCCUCCACCUUGUUUUGAAGGGUUAAGGGGAAGGGGUAAGGGGUAGAAUGGAUUGGGCCUUAGGCCAAAUCCCAUUUCUACCCCCUACCCUUACCCCUUCAAAAAAAGGGGGAAGGGGAAGGGGUAAGGGGUAGAAAUGGGAUUGGGCCCAAUCCCAUUUCUACCCUUUACCCCUUCCCCUUACCCCUUCCCCUUACCCCUUCAAAACAUGGGGGAGGGGUUAGGGGAAGGGAUAAGGGGUAGAAAUGGGUCUGGGCCUUAGUUAUGGUUCCACGUCGACGCAACGCAAGAGGGUUUACGGAUCCUCCUUACAUCCAGACGCAGAAACAUUAACCUGUUUUGUUUCUUGGGCUGGUUUUAGUGAGUGGACCAAUCACGGCCCUUGCUGCUGCGUCGCCUCCACAGAAGGUUAACAUUUUUUGGGGGCGCACGUCAGGCCCUUACGGUGGACGCAAGGAGGGGCGCAAGGACGUAAGGGGAUCUGUAAACCCCAUUGCGUUGCGGCGACGUGGAACCACACCCGAGCCUUAACGUUUAAAAAAGAAAAUACUUUCUCAAAGAAAAGUGUCGCUAAAUGUCUUAAAAAAUAUAUGUAAUAAGAGCUUCUUUUGGUCCCUAUUGUUGACUGCAAUAUAUCCAAAUGCCUUUAUAAACAUAUUUAUGUGUCCAAGUAUUAUCCACACACAUUCUCAUUAUGUUUUUUUAUACGAUGCGAUAACCGUGUUAGAUAAUUGUGUUAAAUGAUCAGUAGAAAGUAACCUUGUCUCCUCAUCGGUUACCUCGGUCUAACUGCAACUUGAAAAGAUAUAUCCUUUUUUUUUAUGUUAAAGAAAUGCAAAUAUUUAAUGAUAACAAAUGUGUACCUUAUCUGGGGAAAAUGUUCACCUUAUGUGGGGAAAAUGUUCAAACUUUUAUUGCAAUAGUAUGUAAAAUGGCAUUGAGAAUAUUUCUGCACCUAAGAAAUAGAAAGCCAUGCACUUUUCAGAAAUCGUUUCUGCCUCUUAACUUUUUUCUUCACUGUUUUUCAAGAAUAUGUAUUUUGUGACUUUGGCAUUAUGUACUACCAAAGCAACAUAUUUAUUUUAAUUGAAAACUAAUUUCUCAUUAUUAUUGUUUGUUAUUGUUCUUUGUUGGAAUUGUUUGUUUCACAAAACUAUUUUCUUAUAAUUCGUAAAGAUUAAUUUCAUUUUGCAUGCGUAAGCCUACUUGGUUUAAUAUUACAUUAUAAGAUAUCUGCAUUUUUUUUUAUGAAGUACUCAGGCACUGUUUAUCAGUUCUUUCAGGCACUGAACUAUAUCAAAAAUUCAGAUAAAUAUAAUACACAUUUGAAGAUUUAGGAUGUUUGGCAAACUAUGUCAAACAUAAUGUUAAUAUACUGUUAAAUGUAACAUUUAUUUUACUGUAAAUAAAAAAAGUCACAGUUUAA